AUGUUGGAUACUGUUUUGUACGCCAGAGACAAGUAUUUGGUCAAAGGUGGUUUAAUUUUACCAGACAAGUGUUCGAUGUAUAUUGCUGGUAUUGAAGAUGCCCAAUACAAGGAAGAAAAGAUUCACUACUGGGAAGAUGUUUAUGGAUUUGAUUACUCUCCAUUCAUCGAUGUUGCUAUGGUUGAACCUUUAGUAGAUACCGUUAACAACCAAUCCUUGAUUACCACUCCACAUAAAUUCUUUGAGUUUGACAUAAAUACAGUCAAGAAGGAAGAGUUAGCUUAUCACAACAACUUUGACUUAAAAGCUAUUGACACUGAUUUAUGUCAUGCUUACAUUGUUUGGUGGGAUUGUGAAUUCCCAGGUGAUGAGACAGUUACUUUGCACACUGGUCCAAUGCAUCAAUACACCCAUUGGAAACAAACUGUUUUCUACAUGGAUCAAGUCCUUAACUUAAAGAAAGGUGAUCAUAUUAAAGGAUCCAUUGCUUCCAGACCAAAUUCUAAGAAUCCAAGAGAAUUAGACGUUGAAAUCAGUUGGAAUGUUAAGACUGACUCGAAUGAUAAAUCAAGAGAAAAGUCUGGUAAGUAUAAUUAUUUCAUGCGUUAA